UUUUGCGAAAUUAAGGUGUGUCUGAACAUAGUAUAAUGUACAAUUGCUCGUAAUUAAUGAAGAAACCCUGAUUACUACUUUUUACUACUUUUUUAAAUUUACUCCCAGUUGCAUUACUUUUAUUUACAAAUUGUAUUGCGCUGUCAAAAUAUGUUUUGGAUAUUUGUAUUGACAAUAUAAAUAUCAAUGUUGUAAGGAUAUGUCGCUACAUAUUAUUAAUACGUCUGAUAGACCAACUGAAGCCACCAUUAAAGUGUCAUUUGACACGGAGAGAAAUGCUGAAAUCGCGUACCGUGUUCUAAAAGUUGAUGUAGAGCCGCGUCGAAAUUUUGUACAGAAAGAGUUUACUUUACAAGGUCUUGAUUUAGAAGUUCACUUUGUAUCCGAUGAAGUAAAAAAUCUGCGCUCAGCAAUUGCUUCAUUUUUUGAGUUACUUGUAUUGUGUACAGAUACAAUAAAAGCAUUCGGCAGAAAAAAUGCCAUCGCACACACCAGCUCCAAGCCCACAUAG